UUUUUAGAAUUCGUGUCAUUGUGAAGAAUCCUCUUUGGAAUAAAAUGAAGCCAAGUAGGGGAGUGGAGUGGUUCAUUGGCUAAAAAUCUACGCUCUCUCUCUCUCUCUCUUUAUAAUACAAACCACAAAUACCUUCUUCUUCUCUCCCUUUGCUUCACCAUCUCUCUCUAUCUAUCUUACUGAUUAUCUCUCUCUACCAUCUGAGUUUUGCCUGUUUUGUUUUACUCUGACGACCCACUUUUGCAGAUUCUCAAGGAUUCUUCAAAGUCUUAGUCUUUUGUGUUUUUUUUUCCAGAUUCCUUCAAUAUAUGCUAAAAUCUCUCACUAAAUCAGGUUCUUUGAUUCCAUCAUUAAACUAUUCGUUAGUUUUUCCCCUUUGGUUCCUAUAUAUCUUUAGAUCCUAUAAGAAGCUUCAGUCUUUUACUAAACCCACAAACUAAACUUCAAAGCUUCCAAAAAUUAGAGGAAAAAAAUAUUAUUUACUUUAUAGGUGAAACUUUUCUCUCGUAGCCUUUACCCGAUGGAAACUCUGCAUCCACUACUCUCACAUGUGCCAACCUCUGGCCACCGUUUUGUAGUUCAAGAGAUGAUGUGCUUGCAAAGCUCGAGCUGGACUAAAGAAGAGAACAAGAAGUUUGAGCGAGCUCUCGCGGUCUACGCUGAUGACACGCCUGACCGCUGGUUCAAAGUUGCUGCUAUGAUCCCUGGAAAGACCAUAUCAGAUGUCAUGAGGCAAUACUCUAAACUCGAAGAAGACCUCUUCGAUAUCGAAGCAGGACUUGUCCCGAUCCCGGGUUACCAUUCAGCUACUCCCUGUGGAUUUGAUCAGGUUGUGAGUCCGCGUGACUUUGAUGCGUAUCGCAAACUACCUAAUGGAGCCAGAGGAUUUGAUCAAGACCGUAGAAAAGGAGUCCCAUGGACAGAGGAAGAACACAGGAGAUUCUUGUUAGGGCUUCUCAAGUACGGGAAAGGAGAUUGGAGAAACAUAUCGAGGAACUUUGUGGGAUCAAAAACACCAACUCAGGUAGCAAGCCAUGCCCAAAAGUACUACCAGAGACAGCUUUCCGGUGCGAAAGACAAACGCCGGCCUAGCAUUCACGACAUCACCACCGUCAAUCUUCUCAACGCAAAUCUUAGCCGUCCAUCUUCUGAUAACGGUUGCUUAGUCUCACAUCAGGCCGAGCCAAAACUAGGGUUCACCGACAGGGAUAAUGCAGAGGAGGGAGUGAAGUUUCUUGGUCAAAAUCUUUCCUCGGUCUUCUCUUCCUACGAUCCUGCCGUUAAGUUCGCAGGAGCAAAUCUUUACGGUGAAGGAGGUUACUGUAUCACAAGAUCCUGAAAAGAGAAAAUGUUGAAUUUUGAAACUAUAAUUAUCGCAACGAAACCAGAAUUAUGUUUUGUGGUUAAACUUAAAAGGCUAUGUGAAUAUGUAUGUUUUGUGUUUAUGGAAUAAACAUAUAUAUGGUAGCUAGUAUAUAUGUCCGUGUCUCUUUGCCAAAACGAUCGAUAAUGGUGAAAAGGACCAAGUGCUUCACUUGCAA